AAACGUGUAAUUGUACACAAACUCCUCAAUAAGAGACGAGAGCAUGAUCAUAUGAUUAGUCAUUCUUUGUUGUUGACAUGCUGUAAGCUUAGUUCUGGUCAACAUGGCAAGUGAAGAUUUACCUGAGGAGUUUGAUAUUAUUGUUCUCGGAACAGGACUGACAGAGACGAUAGCAUCUGCAGCGUUUUCUCGCAUUGGACUGAAGGUUCUACAUCUGGACAGGAAUGACUAUUAUGGUGGUGCUCAUGGAAACUUCAAUUUGGAGGGCAUUGAAAAUUGGAAAAAGAAGAAUGAGGAAGUGCAAGAGAAAGCUACCACCAUGUCUGAGCUGACAGAAGAUGUGAAGAAACUCGUGUCUGAAGGGGAGUCUCUAGUGUGUUUGCCGACGGAGCACGUACAGGCCUACAACAUCAAGAGCCAGUUUCAUGUCAGGGAGAGAACAGCAGAGGAACAGGCAGCUGCAGAAGAAGCCAAAAAGUCAAGAUUCCGACCUUUGUAUAGCCCAGUGGAAGUGCCAGAGCCUGAAAACAAAUCUGAGGCGACCGAGGGUGCCAGCGGAGAUCCUACCCCAGCCCUGGCAGGUGGGGAUGGCGACCCUGAGGGUCAAAGUUCACCUGAGCCAGGAAAACAACCCGGAAUUCAAAGCGAUGAUGAUGCACAAACAUUCCAGCCUGACACGACACAAAGUUUGUCUGAUGAUAAAAGACAAGCAGAAGUCGGUUGUCAAGACAGUGGGGAUGACGAGCUGACGCAGCCUGUGGCCGCCCGGGACAUCGAUAAAUGCCAGGAAGGAAUUUCACAAGACUCGGGUGUACAGACGGCGUCGGAGUCAGAAAGUACGUCGGCUGACAGUUCUUGCGUCAACGCGGAGGACGAGAAGACGCCGAAGGAAGACGGCACGCCUGAGGAGACCUCCACCGAGUCCGCUCCUGAUUGUGGAGCGGGUAAAAAAUCAGCCAAAGAGUGGACAGUCGGUGAUAUAUCGGACGACUACAGGAGAUACUGUUUUGACUUGUCCCCGAGGGUGUUACACUGCUGUGGGGACCUGGUGCAGUUACUCAUCAGAUCGGACGUGGCUCGGUACUGCGAGUUCAGGACUGUCAGUCGAGUACUCACCCUGCUGAAGGGACAGUUACAACAGGUUCCGUGUUCGAGGGCUGACGUUUUCAGCAGUAGUAUCGUCUCUCUCAUCGAGAAACGUCUGUUGAUGAAGUUUUUGCAGUUUGCUGCUGUCUAUGACACAAAACCAGAGGAAUACAGCGCUUUCGCCGAUAAGCCUUUUGUGGAAUUUCUCAAGUCAAAGAAGUUGAGUGGCAACGUCCAGCAUUUCAUUCAACACGCCAUUGCCAUGGUAACUGACACAGUGUCCACCGAAGAGGCUCUGAAGAAGACACAAAAGUUUUUGAAGUCUUUGGGUCAGUACGGCAACACAGCAUUUUUGUUUCCUUUGUACGGGAGCGGCGAACUGCCCCAGGCUUUCUCAAGGUUGUCCGCGGUGUUUGGUGGGAUUUACUGCCUCAUGAUGACGGCCACCCAUCUAGUCACUGAUGGAGAGAAGAAGUGCACCGGAAUCGUCACUUCCAGUGGUCAGAAAGUCUCUUGCAAGUACUUGGUUGCUGAGCAGACUUACCUUCCCCCCUCCUUCAUGGCCACCCAAAGCUACAGGAAGUUGUCGAGAGCUAUUUAUAUCACGGACAGAAGCAUCAAAGAAGCAGAGGACCAGGAGCUGUCCUUGCUGAACUUCCUGUGCUCGGGAGAUGCCAGCCGCCCGAUCACGGUGCUAGAACUCCCGCAGUCAGCCAUGGUGUGCCCUAAGAACGUCUAUGUUGUCCAUCUCACUCGUCUUUCGACCGGGGAGGAUCCGGAAGGAGAUUUCUCAGAAGUCAGAGAGAAGCUGUUUUCUGGGGGUUCCCCAGAAGACACUGGUGACGACCGGCCACGCGUGUUGUGGUCCAUGCACUUCCAGAUGAAGGACCGGUCUGAGCCGGUCAUGGCCACAGACGCCGCCCAGAACGUUCUGGUCACUUCAGGUGGUGGAGACGAUAGUGUGGACCUGGACCGCUGUGUGCAGGAGGCGGAGGUUAUCUUCAAGACGGUGUGCCCAGACGAGGAGUUCCUGCCCACCCCGCCCAACCCGGAGGACAUCAUCCACGUGGACGACGCUGAGGCAGCGGUCAGUUCUGGGACAUCGGAGUAUCAGGAGGACGGGGGAGAUGAUGGGGUGUCUGAGAAGACAUCGGGGGAGGCUCCGGAUGGUGGUGUUACAGAGCAGGGUCAGGCAGAGAGUGGGGAGGUCAAAGAUCAGGCAGAGAGUGGAGAGGUCAAAGAUCAGGCAGAGAGUGGGGAGGUGAAAGAUCAGGCAGAGAGUGGAGAGAUGAAAGGUCAGGCAGAGAGUGGAGAGGUCAAAGAUCAGACAGAGAGUGGGGAGGUGAAAGGUCAGGAAGAGGCUGUGGAGGUCAAAGAUCAGAAAGAGAGUCUGCCUGGUCAAAGUGAAGGGAAGAUGGAGACGGCUACUACUACUGGUGGUGGGGAAGAGUGAGAGUAGUGUUUGUGUGUGUGUGUGGUGUGAAGGAGUGGUGAGUGUGUAUGGUAUGUAUAGGAGUGUGAGUGUGUUGUAAAUGUGUGGUGUAAAUGAGUAGUGAGUAUGUGUGUGUUUUGUGUGUGGUAUAUAUAGGAGUGGAUAUGUUGUGAAUAUGUGGUAUAUAGGAGUAUUGCGUAUGUGUGGUAUAUUUGAGGAGUGGGUGUGUCGUGAAUAUAUGGUAUAUUGGAGUGUGUGUGUAUGUGUGUGCAUGAGAGAGAGUACAGAGGGAGAAAGAGAGAGAGGGGGGGGUUACAUUUCUGUAGAGCCUCAUUAAAAAGUUUUGUGCAAGUUUAUUUAAGUGACUUAUUGCUACAUAAGGAGAAAUAGGCUUUUCAAAGUCUUGAAGCAAGAAUUUAUGUUGAAAGAUGAACGAACAUCUUCAAUCAGAAUAACUCACAUUGGCAAGAAAGAAAGGAAAAAGGUUGUGUUUGUUACAAAGUCUGAUGAGAUAUUUCACCACUUGAACAUGAUGUCAUGUCUUUAAAAAAUCUCAUGGGAUACUUUAGCCAGUCUUUUUAAAAAAUCUUAAGCUUUAGUGGAAUUUCGAAAGUUUAAAUGUGAAUUUGGGAAGUUUGUGAAUGCGCCCUCAAAGUUAUGUGCAUGAAUGAUUACAUGUGCAAAUUGAUGUAGUGGUGAGUAUGAAGAAAUUUUAUGUGUGGCUUUGUGGUUCUGCUCAGAAAUAGAUUCUGACUGACGAAUCACUUGCUUUUAUUUUUAUAUUAGUGUUCUCAACUUGUUUGGUCAGUUUUCCACUGAAUAUUGCGAUGAGUAUUUGGUCAGUUCCAGGAUGUCCCAUGAUAGGGACAGUCUGUGAAGAAGAAACAAUAUAUUUAAUACAUAAUAUGUUAUGCCUUUAUAUAUAAACCCUCCCUGUGAGCGGUUGGCGGGUGCUCUGGUGUGGUUUGCUCCUCCUUUCCUAUCAAACAUCUAUUGUCCUUAUCCUUCCUCCUCCUUUUUAUUGUGCGUUACUCUCCAGUGACACCUCUAAUCUUCAGCACUUAAAUGACGUAUUCGUAUUUGUGCUGCAAUUGCUGUAAGACUCUUACUUCAACUAAAAGUAUACUCCCUGCACUCUUGUCUACCUCAUCCAUGCUCUUGCAGUGACUUUAUGCACAUUACGGGAUAGCAGCGCAAGUAUUGCACUUCAGAGUUGGGGCAAAAAUCACUUUUUACAUAGAUAUUCCAAGCUACUGGAGAGGGGCGCAUGCCUUGUAAUAACCAUAGAGUAGUGCAGUUAUUUUGCGAAAGUACAAUUUU